ACGAAUCAAUUAAAACGAUUGUUUAUUUUCAGCCUAGGGGCGUUUCAGCAAUGGCCAUAUCUGCGAUAUUGCGUCGUACAUUAAUAAAUGGAACGGUGUACUCAGCUGCGGCGUUGAGAUAUGCUUCUACUCAACCCGAAAAAAAAGUUUUCUUUGAUGUUACUGCAGAUGGCGAGUCAUUAGGUCGCAUUGUUAUGCACCUUAAUACUGACGAAGUGCCCAAAACUGCAGACAACUUUAGAGCAUUGUGUACAGGAGAGAAAGGGUUUGGUUACAAAGGUUCAUCAUUUCACAGAAUUAUUCCAGGAUUCAUGUGUCAAGGUGGAGACUUCACAAAUCACAAUGGUACUGGCGGAAAGUCAAUUUAUGGCAGAACUUUCCAAGACGAAAACUUCAAGUUAAAGCACACUGGCCCAGGAAUUCUGUCUAUGGCUAAUGCAGGUCCUAAUACCAAUGGUUCUCAGUUCUUUAUUACCACUGCAGCAACACCAUGGUUAGAUAGAAAACAUGUUGUCUUUGGUUCUGUUGUUGAAGGUAUGGAUAUAGUGAAAAAAAUGGAAAACCUCGGCUCGAAAAGUGGUAAACCAUCAAAGAAAGUAGUUAUUGCAGAAUGUGGUGAGUUAGAUUAAAGUUGGCUUAAUUGCAGUGUAUAAUAGAUAUGAGUAUAAUCGCAUUUCUGAUGUUAUAUUUUAGAAUAAAUUUAAGUAGUAAGUGUUAAUAAAGUAUGUUGAUAAA